AUGACGCAUUCCUUGAGGGAUAAUGGUUGGGUAGUGGUGCUGCUGCUGCUCUUCAAUUGUUUAUUGAGCUUCAACGAUGGUCGCUAUCAUUCUACCUUGAUACUGAACAAUCGCGACGACUCGAAGAAGCUGCCAAAUGGAUUAUUUGGUGGUUCCAUUAAUGGUAUCGUUCAUGCGGAUGGUAUCAUUGGUAUGCCAAUUGUUGAUAGUAGGCGGAAAAAUGAAACUGAAUUAAAACGUGAGCAAGAUGAAGAUGAACGAAAUGAAGUAAAAGAAGAUACUUUCGGAAAAACAGAUUGUCGUACACAACGAGAACGAGCAAUGAGAAAAUUAGAAAAUAAUCCAGAAAAUGGGAACUAUAUACCAACCUGUGCUGGUGAUACUGAUAUACUCUUUGAUCGAAUUCAGUGCCAUCGUUUAUCACAUAUUUGUUGGUGUGUAAAUCCGAAAACCGGUAUUCCACAAUCCGGUACAUCCAAAUACAACGCAAAACCAAAUUGUGAUGGAACACUUCAACAGAAUGAUCUUUCUAGGAGACAAAUUAAAGGUUGUUCGGGUAGGAAAAAAACCAAAUUUUAUCAGCGAUUAUUUUCGUCACUAAUUAGUGAAUGGAUUUUGGCUUUGGGUGAUGAAGCAAAUGAUGAUGCUAUCACAAGCAAAGAUAAAGCUGUUCGAUGGAAGUUCGAACAGCUUGAUGUCAAUAACAAUUCGCGAUUGGAACGGAAAGAGUGGAAAUCAUACCGAAAUGAGCUACGCUUGUUGAAUAAAGUUCGAAAAUGUGGGCGGAAUUUUUUGCGCUUUUGUGAUCGAGAUGGGAAUAAACAAAUUAGAUUGGAUGAAUGGUUAAAUUGUACUAUUUAUGUGGAUAUGACAGUAUCAUCAAUGCCAGUAGCAAAACUAAGAGUAACACUGCCACGAAAAAAUCCAUUCCUGGAUAUCCUUCAACCGGAUGAUUAG